AAUGGGAGGAGGAGGGGGAGGAAAAGGUGUCGGCAAAAAAAAGGGGAAAGACAGAAUGUUUGGCAUGCAGGAACAGAAUGCAUAUGAAAACACCCUCAUUGACCCAAGUAGCCGGGGUUAUGUGUACGAUGAAGUGGAUGACUUCGAGGAUGAAAAGGACAAAAAUGUUCUCGGUCUAACCAAGAGGCUCAUGGCUAGAAAUGAGAGCUCGAAGGAACAAGUUCUUGGUAUUGACUCAGGAUCAUCAGAGGAGGAGUUUGAGUACAGUGACACAGAUGAAGAGGAAGAAGAAGAGGAAGGAGAGGAUGAUGGGGAGCAAGAAAAGGAAGAUGAAGAUGAAGACGAGGAUGAACUGUAUAUGGAUGACGACAUUGAAGAUGAAGAUGAAGAGAGGUUGCCUGAUGACAGGGCCUGGGGCAACAAAAAGUGGAGGUACAUUGGCACAGACACAAGCGAUGAGAGGAUUCAGAGGAAGCUGUACAGGCAGGACGAAGAGUUGGCUAAAUUAGAGGAAGGACAGCAAGGAAGUUGCAAGAUCGUAUGGCUGCUGAGCUGGAAGACCUGGCAGCUGAGGAUCUCAUUCCACAGGAAGAGGACAAGGGAGAGGAUGACAAAAGCACACAGGUGAGAGUAGAGACAGACAUCUCAGGGCUCUCAAAGGCUAAGAAGAUGCAGCUGCUUAAGAGGGAGUCCCCUGAAUUCCUUCCCUCAUUGAGGAUAUGAAA